CUCUUCCCCCCUCCACCCCACGGCAGCUUGCCGAAAGUCCGUGUUCGUAUGUGCUCGCGCGCGCGCGAGGCAGCCGGCAGACCGAAGCUCGCGGAGGAGGCAGGUUCUCACUCCCAACAGCCAGACACACACUGAACACUCUCUCUUCAACCCGGGGACACGGAGGAGCAGCAGAAAGAAGACGGAGCGGAGGAGAGAGGGGGAGAACGGCAAGAGGGAGACUGGCGGAGUGUGAGGGAGAUCAACCAUGGCUUCAGAUCCGGGGCUGGCGGUGAUACUGCUGUGGACUAUAUCACUCAGGGCUGUGGGCGCCGCAGGAACCAGCAGCAACGAGGUGAAUCUCCUUGACACGACAACGAUAACUGGAGACUGGGGCUGGCUGACAUAUCCAUCCCAUGGGUGGGAUGCCAUUAACGAGAUGGACGAGUAUUUUACCCCGAUUCACACAUACCAGGUGUGUAACGUGAUGAGCCCCAGUCAGAACAACUGGCUGAGGUCUGGCUGGAUCCCUCGAGAAGGAGCCAGGAGGAUCUACAUCGAGGUCAAGUUCACCCUGAGAGACUGCAACAGCAUGCCUGGAGUUCUGGGUACCUGCAAGGAAACCUUCAACCUGUUCUACUAUGAGUCAGACAGAGCCGUGGGCUCGGCCAUACGGGAGAACCAGUUCAUUAAGAUUGACACCAUUGCUGCAGACGAGAGCUUCACAGGCGUGGACCUGGGGGUCCGCAGACUGAAGCUCAACACUGAGGUGAGAGGGGUGGGCCCUUUGAGCAGACGGGGCUUCUACCUGGCCUUCCAGGACAUCGGCGCCUGCAUCGCCCUCACCUCGGUCCGGGUCUACUACAAGCGCUGCGUGGGCGUCAGCCGCAACUUGGCAGUUUUCACGGACGUAGUGACGGGGGCCGACUCAUCCUCGCUGGUGGAGGUCAGGGGUCAGUGCGUUGACCACGCUGAGGAGAGGGAUACCCCUAAGAUGUACUGCAGCGCAGAGGGCGAGUGGCUGGUGCCCAUUGGACGGUGCGUGUGCUCAGCCGGUUUUGAAGAGCACAGAGACUCCUGCGUUGCCUGUGAGGUGGGUUUCUAUAAGCCGGUGGCAGGCGAUGGCCCGUGUGGGAAAUGUCCCCAACACAGCCACUCGGAGACCAGAGCCGCCGUCUCCUGCCCCUGUGACUCCAACUACUACAGGGCGGCAGAUGACCCGCCAGCAGCACCCUGCUCUCGCCCUCCAUCCGCUCCAGUGAACGUCAUCUCCUCAGUCAACGGGACGUCUGUGGUCUUAGAGUGGGAUCGGCCGCUGGACACCGGGGGACGCAGCGACCUGCAGUACAGCAUACUGUGCCAGAGGUGCUCCGGGGACGGGCCCUGUGAGGACUGCACAGCUUCCCCCGGAGGCAGCAGUGGGGGGAAGGUGGGCGGCGGGGCCAGCAUCGGGCUGGGCGGUGGGGGCAUCGUGGAGCGCUCCGGCAGCGCCGCGGUCCGAUUCAUUCCACGCCAGAGCGGUCUGACGGAGUCCCGGGUGACGGUGCUCAACCUGGUGGCCCACACCAACUACUCCUUCCGCAUCCUGGCCACGAAUGCUGUGACACACCUGAGCAACGAGGCUUCACCGUAUACUGUGGUCAACAUCACAACAAACCAGGCAGCUCCCUCGGAAGUGUUAUCCAUCCGCCAGGAGAACGCCAGUCAGAACAGCGUGACUCUGAUGUGGCAUGAACCCGACCAGCCCAACGGAGUCAUCCUAGAGUACGACCUCAAAUACUAUGAGAAGGACAAUGAAGAGCAGAGUUACUCCACCCUAAAAACUAGAAACACCAGUGCUCUUGUGUCGGGGCUGAAGCCGGGGACAAAGUACAUCUUCCAGGUUCGGGCCAGAACGUCAGCAGGCUGCGGACGCUUCAGCCAGAACGUCGAGAUCCAGACUGGAAAAGCAGCUCCUUUGCGUUACAACACUAUGACCAUCAUCUGGAUCUCCAUGGCCCUGGUGUCCGGCCUGGUCGCCUUCCUGGCCAUCAUCAUCUGCAGGAAACGGCAAGGCUACACUUUACCACACUACCCGUCGCUGCUACACUGUGGCUACAGCAAAGCGUUCCAGGACUCCGAUGAGGAAAAGAUGCAUUACCAGAAUGGUCACGUGUCAUUCCCCGACGCGAGGUUCUAUAUCGACCCGCACACGUACGAGGACCCCUGCCAGGCGGUCCACGAAUUUGCCAGAGAAAUUGAAGCUUCCAGGAUCAAGAUUGAGAAAAUUAUCGGCUCAGGAGAAUUUGGAGAGGUGUGUUACGGACGGAUGAGGCUUCCUGGGAAACGAGACAUUCCUGUGGCGCUGAAGACGCUGAAGGCAGGAUACACUGAGAAACAGAAGAGGGACUUCCUAGCUGAAGCAUCCAUCAUGGCCCAGUUUGAUCAUCCAAACGUUAUCCGACUGGAAGGGGUGGUAACUCACAGUAAACCGGUGAUGAUCAUCACUGAGUACAUGGAGAACGGCUCUCUGGAUGCCUUCCUGAGGAGACACGACGGCCAGUUCACCAUCAUCCAGCUGGUCGGGUUGCUGCGCGGCGUCGCAGCAGGUAUGACCUACCUGUCCAACCUGGGCUACAUCCACCGGGACCUGGCCGCCCGCAACAUCCUGGUCAACAGCAACCUGGUGUGUAAGGUUUCUGACUUUGGCCUGUCCAGAGUCCUGGAGGACGACCCUGACGCUGCAUACACCACCAGUGUGAGUUUUCACAUUGAGGGCGGAAAAAUCCCAAUCCGCUGGACGGCUCCAGAGGCCAUAGCCUACAGGAAGUUCUCCUCCUCCAGCGACGUGUGGAGCUACGGCGUGGUCAUGUGGGAAGUGAUGUCAUACGGAGAGCGGCCGUACUGGAACCUCACCAACAGAGACGUCAUUAAGUCUGUGGAGGAGGGCUACCGGCUGCCUGCGCCGAUGGGCUGCCCCGCUGCCCUGCACACACUCAUGCUGGACUGCUGGCAGAAAGAUCGCAACGAGAGGCCGCGCUUUUGCCAGAUAGUCACCGUUCUUGACAAGCUAAUCCGCAACCCAGAGAACCUGAAGUCCAUGGACACUCUCUGCAGUUUAAGCAGUCCUCCGUUAAUGGCGAGAGCCAUCCCCGACUUCAGCAGCUGUAACUCCGUAGACGAGUGGCUGGACACCAUAAAGAUGGGCCGAUAUAAAGAACACUUUGCAGCAGGGGGCUUCCACACUCUGGGACACGUCAUAAGCAUGAAACAAGGGGACAUCCAGAGGCUCGGCGUGACACUCAUGGGUCAUCAGAAGAAGAUCAUGACCAGCGUCCAGCUAAUGAGAGCGCAGGUCCUCAACAAGAGCGUCCCAUCGGUCCACGUCUAACUCCAGAGCCGACGUUACCGACUGCGUUACAGGCCCAGGCUUUUGUACGGCCGAGACGGACGCCUUGAAAAACAAAAACGACAGGUAAACGGGACGAGACGCUAUCUAAGAACUUUUCAAGAUUUUUUACUUGAGAAUUUAAGAACAAAACGUAAAGGGAUCGCCUGUGGAAGCAAGGAAACGUGACAUCUUUGGGACCUACCUUUUCUUUUUCUCUUCCUACUGAAUACAAAUUUAUCUCUUGUUUAAGAAUGAAAAGACUGCCUUAAUUAUGACAUAUUAUUUUAAGUUUGUUGUCUACAAUAAAAAAAAAUAAUUUAUGGUGAAUAUAUGAGAGUAGUGUGAUUUCCAGUCCCAAGGAAGAGCCUGAGCCCUGCGGUGACGUAGCACAGGUCGCGUGUUUGGAUACGUUCUGAUGCCGCUGUAGAAGGGCAGCAAUAAACUCUAGAAGAGAGCGGCUCAGAACCAGGCUGACGUGAAGAACAUGAGCCGGGGCUCACCUGACGGGCCGGGUCAUCUCCAGCUUCACCCCAGAUUUUAGCUCUGACAAAGGGCUGCGGUGUCAGAUCUGCUUCCCAACACGAACCACGCUGGAGAUCUAGAACCUCCUGGCCGGCCGGCCUGCAGCUGCUAUACCUGGAGGAUGUGUGUAACUCAGCUAUAGUGCACUUUAUUCUACAAUCUUUCCGUGUUCAAGGGGCUUUCUGGUUGAAACACAACUGAACACACGGCGCUAGCUACAGAAUUAGGUGAUGUAUCACAUCUUUUAUUUACCAGACAAAAAAAUAAGCUAAUCUAAAAGCUAAAGCCAGCAACACUCAGACAGUUGGGAGAGGCUUCUGCUUUUUUUUCUUUUUGGAGGGGGGUGGGGAGGUUGUGUGUGUUAACACUACAUUCAGUGCACAGGUAAAUCUGUGGCCAGCUUGCUGAAUAAGGGAUUCUCAGUCUACCUCAGAUCUGGACUGCAGGCAGGCCAGCCGAGCACAAAGUUAGCGUAGAAACUUUGCAAUAGAAAUAAAACUCCCGAGAAACAAAACAAUGUUGUGACUCUAGCAUGUUUCCAAAGUAGCAUUCAGUUAUCCAUGCUGUACCAUCCCGUAAUACCAGAAAUAUGGACAUUUACUUGGUUUUUUAAAAAUGAUUCAGAUCUAAUAUUUAAACAGUCAAAACCAGGUUUGUGUGAUAGUGUGUAAUUUUGUUUUGAUCCAACUCUCUUUGCUUCAACAGUGUCCUUGCUGCGACAGUGUAGCUUAACAACCAGGAGCAUAAAAACAAGCAGUUUUCAUGUUGCUGUUGACAUAUUCAAAUUUCUAAAGAUGAAACAUUUAAAUCUAAGAAUAUCUUUGUAAUCCACUCAGACGGUAAUGGAUGUGGUUGUCACUAACAUUUGGUUUUUUAGUUCCUAGUUAUUUAACAAUAAAUCUUUGCCUCUCCUAACUGUCCUCAGAGUGUUACGGUGCUAAUAAACGGAAAUGACGCUAACGCUAGAUUUUCGAUUUGUCUGGCAUAUAAAGGCUGAAAGAAAUUAACGAGAAAUUCGUUUUUUGCUGAAUUAAAAAAGAAACCUUUGAAAAUAAGGUUUGUAUAUAAAUUAAUAUAUUUUAUAUUGACUGUAUAAACACACAUUACAAUGUGUUUUGAAAAGCACAUCAUUUGACAGGUUUUCUGGAGUCCAUUCUUAAAGGGAUUCAUUUUCUUAUUAGAGCAGCCUUUGAUUCAGGAAUUGAUUCAACGUAAGCACAUUUUUAAUGGAAAAAGAAAAAAAGUUUUACUUUCUUAAAGAGCAGAAGCUUCACAUCAAGGUGAAUCUGUGACGAGGCGACACGGUGGCACAGCUGCUAGCACCACCGUCUUACAGCAAGAAUCUCCUGGGUUUGAAUCCUGGCUUUGCUUUUUGGGUUGUUGGAGUUUGCAUGUCGUCCUUCGUAGAUGCAUGGGUUCUCCCCGGGUACUCCAGCUUCCUCCUGCUGCUCAAAUCUACACAUGUAAUUUACCUUUUAGAGUGUAGGUGUGUGUGCGUGUGCGUGUGUGUGUGUGUGUGUGUGUGUGUGCGUGUGUGUGUGUGUGCGUGAUUGUGAUGGACUGCUGAUUUGUCUGGGUUUUUUUUUGACUCUUUUCAGAUCAUUAAACACAUUUUAAUAUCAGACAAAGAUAACAUGACUAAAUACAUAAAGCAGGUUUUAAAAAUAAAUUCAAUAAUAAAUGGAUUUAAUGAGGAAAGGAGGCCCUGCACUCCAACGUAGCUGUAAAUUGGUUUCAUAUACAACUUGACUUUGCACAAUUUGACUCCAUUUAUUUUUCCUGAAAUAAAUAAAAUCGUUAGAAAAUAGUGUUUCAUAUUAAUCCAGGUUGUCUUUGUCUGUUAUUAACAAUUGUUUGACAAUCUAAAAUAUUUGUCUGUACUGUUAGCUCAUAGCUGGCUAAGUCAAACACAGUACCUAACUUUAUAGCUGCCAAUUUGAACAAAUUAAUAAGAAGUUGUGUGAUUAAAGUAGCGCUCUUAAAAUAACAGGAUUAAAGUAAAUUAUGAGCAUUUGUAAAAACUGAUAUAUACUGUAUAUUUAAAAAAAAACUUUAAUAAAUAUUGAUCUUUUGAGCAAAACAAUGACUUUUACAAAGACAUCCAGUCUAUCCAAGAUGGCUGCCCAUGUCUGACAGAGCAUUUCCUGUUUGCUAAGUCAAGACAAAUUCAGUUUGUUUUCCAUCAGCGUUGAUCCAAAUGCCUUCCAAACUAGCAGAUAAUCGAUAUAUUUCCAAAUGUAGAAAUGUCACAAAUAACAGUCACUAUUUCUGCUCAGUUUCUUAAUAUUUAUUCUAUAUAUCUUUCAUGCAAAAAUAUCACGCUGCAUAUGUUUCACGUCAGAUUUACACCAUAAUAUCUCGUCGCCGUGUCAUCGAAUGUCCGCUGUGUAACCAGAUGGGAACGUUUCCCAUUCGUCCCAGAAGUUAGAGCUCAGAUCUGGAACCAGGUUUGCAAGAAGAUCUGCUUUUAGUUGUGGUCUUACGUGCCAUCAGCAGCGCAAGUCGUUUUGGUUUUCCUCUCCAUUUUUUAUUUUUAUUUUUUUGUGUGUUGAAACACAAACGGAACAUUUCAUGUGUGUCUGUUGAAGCAUAAAAUGUCAGAUGUGCUAAUGACCACGUGCCACGUCACCAAUACUGGAAACUAUUGGACUCAUAUUGUUAACCUCCAGAUGUCAGCAUUCUGACUUCAGGUGCCGUUCUUGCUGUAACGCUAAAUGGAAAUUCAGAAAUGAUCAUUUCUAAAUAUAAAAUGGUGGUAAAAUUAUAUAUUUUUGAAUGUGUUUUUUUUUUUCCUUUCUUUUCUCGUGGAAGAAAUGUAGCACAACUGAAAAUCCUUGUGUUAUUUUUCACCUCUUUUUUUUUUUUUUUGUCCAACAACAUGGUGUUCCAUCUUAAAUCUACUGAAGUAAAUUCAGGAUCAGUGCUGAUUCUCUUCAGAAGACCCAAAAGUAAAUACAGUGCCUUUAAAAAGUAUUCACCCCCUCAAAUGUUUUCCCUUUUUGUUGGUUAGGAUUGAUUUUGCUUUUAUAAAUCAACCCUAACCAACAGAAUUUGUCUUUUUUUGAAAAACGACAACAGUACAAAAUAAAAAUUGUGUAAUGUUAAAGUGAGAAUCGAUUAGUACAAAAAUAAUUACAAUUGAAUAAAAAUAUGCAUGUAGUCAAUGGGGAAUAUUCAUGCAACACUUAUUUUAUGUGAAAUACUUUAUUUAAUUGUCAUUAUUUUGUAGAAAUACAUUUUUACUUCGACAUUAAAGUGUUUUAUGUCAACUCUUUGGUCCAAAAAGCCAAACUUUGCUGAUCAUGAUGGAUCGAUAUAAAGUGAAGAACAUCCAAGGGAAUGAAUCAUUUUUAUUGGUACUGCAUCUGCAGACAUAGAUCUGUGUGACAUAGAUCUGUGGGUACAACAUGACACAUAAACUGCAAAGGCUGUAAAAUAAAGUGUUACUUUGACAUCUGCUCACAUGGUUUGUCUCAGUUCUGAUAAAAGGCAACGAAGAACAUGUCAGUGAAAUGUUUGCAAAUUAAAAACUUUGCCUAGACUUCUAAAGCUUGUCCGAUUUGUGCGAACAGGAGAAUGUCUUUUCUGGCAGAACUCCCUCCGGGUGGUCGAUACUGUUUUUAUUAGAGAACUUUAUUAUAUUUCUUGUAUUAUAGUGACAUUUUACUACUGGUUUCAGACUUUUGUUUUCCUUUUGGAUGCUAUUGAAGUCACAGGGCUUGAACUGUAAAUCCAUAUUUUCUAAAGCCAGGAUCUGUUUUUUGCCAGAUGAAUUGAUUUAUAAUGUACACAGGAUGUUUAGUCACUGGAAGGACGAUAAAAGGCCCGAUUUGUUCACAUCUCAUUAUUUAUUCAGACGUUUUGUUUCAUAAACAAUACCAACUCUGAAAUGAUCUGUUGUCAUUGAUGAGUCAUCCUUGUUGCUAAUGAUAAGUCAUAAAUGUGCAAACUGUUCAUAAAGACACAAUAAAGGAAUGUUCAUCUGUGUGUGA